AGAAUCACAAUCCUUCUCUCUCUCGUGAAUGAACCCAACACAAACCAAACAGAUAACCCAAAAACAUAAACAUAUACAUAAACGAGAGGCCAAGAAACAAGCUCUCUAACUUGAAAAACAUCAAAAAUGGUGGCUUUAAAGGCCACUUCACCAUUUUCAUCUCUCACCACAAACCUCUCCUCUUCCUCCAACCUCACUUCCCCAUCUUCUCUUCUCCUUCUUCGCCACCAUCUUCUUCUUCACCCCACAAGACCCACUUCAAGAGUUUCACACUUCACUGUUAGAGCCUACAUAGAGAACCAAAAUUCCUUUGCCUCUUUAGCCAACAAAGUCAUUGGUGCACUCCCUGUGGUUGGCCUCUUCGCUAGGAUCCUCAGUGAUGAAGGUGGCGUUGGUGAUGACCUUGUUGACUUUGCUGAAUUUCGUAGGCGCGUUGGCAAGAACUGCUCCAACACUGAUACCACAGCUUUUUAUGAAUUCCAAGAUCGACGUGGAAAGACAGGGGAUCCUCUCUAUGUUCUGUUAUGCUGUUGGCUAGCAGCCAUUGGAGCAGGUCUUCUCAAAACUGAGGAUCUUCUGGAAGGGGUGGCUAGGCUCCGCCUCUCUAAUGACAUUGAAUUUGAGGAGCAGAAUUUCAUGGCCCUCAUGAAUGAGGCAAAGGAGAGAAGGGCAAAGCUAAGGACUGAACCUCCUGCAAUCCCAAUGGAGAUUCGAGCUGGGAAGGCUCUUGAUGCUAUCUAUGUGUGCUGCUUUGGAAAGGACCCUGUAGAGGAAGAAGAUGAAAGAUUGCUAACUGCAAUGCUUAGUGCUGUUUUCCCAACAGUUCAGAGAGAAAAGGUCCAGCAACUUGUCAAAGACAAGGCAGAGAAAGUAGCAUCAGGAGUUAACGAGGAAUAUGUUUCUGAACCCAAGCCUCUAUCAAAAGAAGCUGUGGAAAUCCAAAUGAAAGAACUUCAGUUCCUUAAACAAAAUAGUGAGACUUAACUAUAAGUGAAGCCUGUAAUUUCCAUUACAUAAUGCAUUGAAUGAAAUUAUAUUUAGAAACUAAGCUGGUUUAGCCUUUUGGCUACUCAGAAAAAAGACAGAUAUCCUAUAUCUUAUUCUCUUAUGUGGGGUUAUGACUUUUUGGAAAAUGCAGAAAUUUCAUGUAAUCACUGUUAGAACUUAGCAUUAUAAAUGGUCAAGGUAGAAAAUCAUUUUAUCUCUAAUGCCAUUUUAUUUUUUGAAAUUUUUGGAGUGAUUUAGUUCUUCCCAUUGCCACCCUAUUGCUACAUAUCUCUCGCUUUGGAUUGCUUCAUCCGUCUUACAUAUUUGCAACACCUUUUGUGGCAUUUAAUAGGCACGGGAAGGUGUGAAAAAUGAGAUAGAACCGUAAUUUUCUGUUAAGUUUGAAAAUUUAACAAGAAAUUUACUUAAAUAUUCUUUAUAUUAUAUAUAAGUAUUUAACAAUUAAUAAAAAAUAGUUUUACUAAAAAAAGUAUUAACAAUGUAACGUCAAUAGUUAGCUGAAGUUAGAAAAACGAGAUGAAAUUCGCUGAUUAUUCAACAAACCUCAAGAUAGGAAGAAUUUCCUCUUCAACGAGACUGUAAUUUACUUUUUAUAAAAGACAAGAAGAAUGGAGUUAAUUUGUAUUUUCAAAAUGAAGAGGAAGAACAUGUAAUUUUACCAAAUCAUAUGGUCUGGUGGACAUGAUUUACUUUCGUUAGUCAAUUUUCAAUCCCAUGUUAACCAUAGAUACUAAUAUCCUCGCAUUAAAAGCAG